AUGCCUCGAGGUGAAUCGGGCUCUUCUCCGAGAAAGAGAGCGGCUGCCACUGAGCUUCAUGAGAGACUGAGCAAAGACGAGCUUAUUAAGCGUUUAAAGGUGAGAACAGAUAGGUUUAUGAAUAACAAAUAAUGCAGAAAACUGCACUUGCGAUUCACUGGUUGAGUUUGUGUCAGAGAGUGCAGGGUUUUCUAUUUUGUUUAUCCUAAACUGUGCUUUAAUAGCUAAGUGACUUCAUGCCGUACAAAUAUGAUGACCAAGUACAGAAUUAAUCGCACCUGUCGUGGAGUGGAUUAUCGACGAAAUGAUAGCAUACGGAAUCUUUUAUUCAAAUAAUAAUUAUUCUUGGCCUGCACUAUUAACGUUGAAAUUGGUUAUUGGGCUUCUUGGUAUGAAAUCUGCUGAAAUAUAUUCAAGCCUUAAACACUUGACAGGAAAAAGGCUCUGAGGCUUGAAUUUUAGGCUUUACUGCAAAUAACCUAUUUAUUAUUCCUGGCCAGGAAUAAAAGGUCUUUAAUUUCUUUUUAUGUGGUCAUUUAAUAAGGGUUAAGAAUUCCAGCAGCAGGGGAAAGGUGUAAUGUUUCAGGAGAAUAUUUUGAAAGCAGCUCCACGACUGAAUAAAAAAUAAUCAGAGGCUGCCAAACGUUAGCUGGAGAAUUCUGCGUAGUAAACGGAGAAUUCUCUGAUCUCCUAUGCCUAAUGAACACCAGCAUUUUUCUUUCAUCGUAUGAUUCGGUCAGUUUAAAACACGGACCGCAGACUGCGGACUACGGACUGUGGACUGGGUAUAAAACACGCACUAGGUAUAAAACGCGGACUACGGACUGUGUAUAUAAAAACAGCUUUAGAAAGGUAAAACUUAGAGAAAGGGAUAGUGGACUAGCAUAAAACAGUAGUCCCAGCUCCUUGCCUUAUACCCAAACAUUCCUUUGGCUGGUCAUGCAGUCUAUUCUCCUCAACAUUAGUGGGAGAAGGAACGCAUACUACACUGGCAAGGAAGGUUAAUGCCACUACUCAAGGCAACUGAAAAUGAAACUCUGAAUUUUAUAAAAAGGAGGAGUUAGAAGAGAAUUCAUUCUAUAGUUUUAAACCAAUAGAAGAUAUGAAAUUGAGAGGCACCAAACAAAUAGUAUUGGUGUUAGUGAGAGUGAAAUUCUUAUAGGUGCCACAAUUCCAUUUCAAAGCCUUGGGAUAUGAGGAAAUUAAGAACCCAGACCAGAGGGUCAAUAUAGAGGUAUUCUGUGAUGCAAAAAAAGCUGUAUUUAGGGGGAAGGGGUACUCACCUAUACGUGAAUAACAACCAAAAUAAAUCAUCCAACAUUAUAUAUUCUAAGCAAUGAUAACAUGAUUUACACCGAUGUAAACAUGUACAUAGCGUUUGUCAUGGAUGUUAGAGACCGAGACCAGGUCUAAAAAUGGGUGUAGAAAAUAGCAUUUUGGUCAGGCUUAGGAUUUGGAGAACUGGGUGGCACACCUCCACCAAGAAUUUCUGGGAGUAUAAAAACUAUAAAAACUAUAAGUAACUUAAACUCAUGUGUUGUGCUAUUACUGAUGUAGUCUGUAGUGCGCAUUUUAUACCUAGUCUGUGUCUUAUUCCCAGUCCGUGGUCCGCAGUCAGCAGUCCGCGUGUUAUACUGACCAUUGUAUGAUUCAUUAGCAGGCCUGUCAACCCCCCACAUCUUUAAUAUUGAGGGAUGAUAGAUGACAUCAUAACAUGCAGCACAUGACGUCAUUGGUGUAAAAAAUACUCGUUGAUUCUGUCACGAAUUUGCAAUGGCACAAAAUGAACAAAAAAUAUGUUGUUGGCAUUAUAACAUUUGGCCUGAUUGGUUUACUUCCCACCAAUCACAUUAUCAUUUUACAAGGGCAGUGGACUUUACGAGGAAACGUUCAUUGUUAACAUUAAAAUAGCUCAAACAAUGCAAAAUAGAUGAAAUUUUAUGGACGGAAAGUCGAGUCUACUGAAGAAAUGGCAAACUUUGGCAAUAUUAUUGUGAUCUUGGGGGGGUUUGCCUGAAACCCAGAAUCUGGAAACUCUAUACUGAAUGACGAAUGACUCUGAAGUCUAUUGAUUAGGUUUAGGAAACUGUGUGAAUCAGGUUCCAUUUAGGUUUGAGUCAUCAGUAACAUGCAAUGCAUUUUGGGAUCGAUUCAAGAUGGUGGUAUAGAAAAACGGUAUUGUUUUUGUUUUUAAUUUUGGUUCAUACACAAGCUGAGUCAUAAUGAAUUGCUGUACUGGUUAAGAAUCCGAGUGGAAAAAUACUGUAUUUGUGUGUUUUGAUCCCUCAAUCUAAACAUGUCACUGGGAAACUAUCUCUCGGUUCGGUUAUUUUAAGAUCACGGUUAUGACAUGGUACCAGAGACGAUCGUUAAAUCCUAGGGCUUGUAGGCUGCUGUUGUUGUUCAUUUUAGACGGUCCUCGAAUUAGACUUGAGCUAAUAACGAAGGUUUGAACUGUUUCUACUUAUUCAUUGAACAGAAGUACAGUUUAGUACUUUGACUUAAUAAUAAGUAGCAGUCAUGCAUUUUAUUUGAAUGUUUCAUGGUCAAAUUAAGAUUUGACUACCACUUAUUUUCACAGAACCUUGCUCAUGAGCUAUCGAGUGCUGAUCAAACCGAUGGAGAACCCAAGUAUCAUGAUGUGGCGCAGUCUCUUGUCAACCCGUUUAUUCUUAAGCACAGAGAUAAAGAUGUUAAAGUGCAUGCUGCAUGCUGUAUGGCUGAUAUUUUAAGAAUAUUUGCUCCCGAAGCUCCUUACAAUGAAGAACAGUUAAAGGUAAUUACAGUUAUGAGCGGUGGUACUGUUCAGAUUGUGUACUGGCAAUAAAGGGUGCAUGACGUAGUGGUCAGCAUACCACACUUGCUGUCAGGGGUACACUGGUUUAAGCUCCACUAUCUAGUUACUAGCUGGAGUCUUCAGAGUUGAUUACCUUAACCACCCUUGUUGUGCCUCCUACACAGCACCAGUCACAACUAUUAAUUUCUUUUCCUCCCACUAGUGAGUUCUUAAUGCUCACUUGCCUUUGAGUUGUAAUUAAGAAAUGGUGAACGUGUAAUGAUUAGUAUAAAAACUAUAAAAACUAUAAGUAACUUAAACUCAUGUGUUGUGCUAUUACUGAUGUAGUCUGUAGUGCGCAUUUUAUACCUAGUCUGUGUCUUAUUCCCAGUCCGUGGUCCGCAGUCAGCAGUCCGCGUGUUAUACUGACCAUUGUAUGAUUCAUUAGCAGGCCUGUCAACCCCCCACAUCUUUAAUAUUGAGGGAUGAUAGAUGACAUCAUAACAUGCAGCACAUGACGUCAUUGGUGUAAAAAAUACUCGUUGAUUCUGUCACGAAUUUGCAAUGGCACAAAAUGAACAAAAAAUAUGUUGUUGGCAUUAUAACAUUUGGCCUGAUUGGUUUACUUCCCACCAAUCACAUUAUCAUAUUACAAGGGCAGUGGAAAUGGGGAAACGUUCAUUGUUAACAUUAAAAUAGCUCAAACAAUGCACAAUAGAUGAAAUUUUUUGGACGGAAAGUCGAGUCUACUGAAGAAAUGGCAAACUUUGGCAAUAUUAUUGUGAUCUUGGAGGGGUUUGCCUGAAACCUAGAAUGCGGAAACUCCAUGCUGAAUGACGAAUGACUCUGAAGUCUAUUGAUUAGGUUUAGGAAACUGUGUGAAUCAGGUUUCAUAUCGGUUUGAGUCAUCAGUAACAUGCAAUGCAUUUUGGGAUCGAUUCAAGAUGGUGGAAUAGAAAAACGGUAUCGUUUUUGUUUUUAAUUUCGUUUAUACACAAGCUGAGUCAUAUUGCUGUACUGGUUAAGAAUCCAAGUGGAAAAAUACUGUAUUUGUGUGUUUUGAUCCCUCAGUCUAAAUAUGUCACUGGGAAACUAUUGGACCUCGGUUCCGUUUUUUUAAGAUCAUGAUAAUGACAAGGUACCAGAAACGAUCGUUAAAUCCUAGGGCUUGUAGGCUGCUGUUGUUAUUCAUUUUAGACGGACCUUGAAUUAGACUUGAGCUAAUAAAGAAGGUUUGAACUGUAUCUACUUAUUCAUUGAACAGAAGUACAGUUUAGUACUUUGACUUAAUAAUAAGUAGCUCUCAUGCAUUUUAUUUGAAUGUUUCAUGGUCAAAUUAAGAUUUGACUACCACUUAUUUUCACAGAACCUUGCUCAUGAGCUAUCAAGUGCUGAUCAAACCGAUGGAGAACCCAAGUAUCAUGAUGUGGCGCAGUCUCUUGUCAACCCCUUUAUUCUUAAGCACAGAGACAAAGAUGUUAAAGUGCAUGCUGCAUGCUGUAUGGCUGAUAUUUUAAGAAUAUUUGCUCCAGAAGCUCCCUACAAUGAAGAACAGUUAAAGGUAAUUAUAAGUAUGAGCAGUGGUACUGUUCAGAUUGUGUAGUGGCAAUAAAGGGUGCAUGAUGUAGUGGUCAGCAUACCACACUUGCUGUCAAGGGUACACUGGUUUAAGCUCCACUAUAUAGUUACUAGCUGGAGUCUUCAGAGUUGAUUUCCUUAACCACCCUUGUUGUGCCUCCUACACAGCACCAGUCACAACUAUUAAUUUCUUUUCCUCCCACUAGUGAGUUCUUAAUGCUCACUUGCCUUUGAGUUGUAAUUAAGAAAUGGUGAACGUGUAAUGAUUGAGUUAUGGAUGUAUGCAUCACUAAGCAUGAAAGAAGCAUGAGAGUUGCUCAAGAUGUGAUAAGAGAUACUCUAGCUUCUUGAGUUAUAUGCGAGUUUGCCAUAUGUAAGUCAAAUUUGUUUAUUAGGCUCAACCCUGGUCCAAGGAUUCUUCUUUAGUUUCAUCUUCAGGUUUCCAUCCACAAAAACAAACAUUUGUAAAUUCCAAUGUGAUAAUGGCUAUGUUAUCUUGAAGGAAAGUCAGUUUGUGGAUGUGUUAGCACUAAAAUUAAUUAUCUUUAUCAUUUUCAUACUUUUGAUUUCAAAAGCACUACAUGUAAAUGUAUAUCCUGAAUUCACAAAAUAAAAAGAAUGAAUUCACAAAUAAUUCUCAGCAGUCAAAUUUUACAAAACAGGCACAGAUGUUGCUGCUAUUUUCUGGGAAGACAUGUCAGUCCUUAGACUUUUUAGAUGGUUUUAUAUCAGUUGAUUAGCAGUGAAUUUAGCUUUUGUUAGCCCAAUUUUUUCCCCCUACCCUCCACCUCCCGUGAAUAUUACUCCCACUUAUCUUUUUACAUGUAUGUUUUAUUUUACAUUCAGGCAGUAUUUACGAUGAUUAUCAACCAGUUGAAAGGUCUCGAGAACACCAAAUCAAACCUGUCUAAGAAGUAUUUUUAUCUUUUAGAGGUAGGCAGAGGUUUUACUUAGUAUGAUAAAUUAUUUGCCUGGCAGGCUAGGAAUUAAAACAAAAGUUCAAAAAGAAAAGAAGGCACUUUAUACCUUGGGCAGGCAUGCAUAACAGAAUUCGGUUCUUUUAGAGGGAUGGUUGGUUUUCAAAGGAUUGACUUGCUUUAUAGCUCUCAAACCAGGAACUGUUGGAGGGAAGAGCCCUUUUUCUGUUUUUGUUUUUCCUUUUUGCAGAAAUUUUUAAAGAGUAUCAAAAGAUAGUUUGUCAUUUUGAACAAACUGUUUCGACUAAUUUUGAAACAAGUUUAUGACUGUCAGCUACAAAUAAUGUAGUUAAAACAACUGCAGUGUUCUAAAGGUCUGUUUUUAUUUCUUUCAGAAUUUAGCAUUAGUUAAAUCAUUUAAUAUUUGUCUGGAGCUGGAUUUCCAAGAUAUUAUAUUAAAGUUAUUUAAACUGCUCUUCCAAGUCGUGAAGUAAGUUGAAUUUUACUGUAUUAAGUGAAAUUUAAGUGUAUCAUGUAAAUGUUAUUCUCUGCUACUAAAAAACCUCAUAACCAGCUUUCAUAGGAUAUGUUAGACAGUGCUAACCUGAUAAGGGAUAAAAUGAUAAUAUUAUCAUAGUUUAUGGAAUUGAGUAGAGUGACAGAAUGUAUCAAAAUCAUACCUCAUUAUCACCUCAAAAACUCUGUCUCCUUGUUCUCAAUUUUAGUGAAAAUCAUACCAAUAAAAUUCAGAAUUUCAUGCUUGAUGUGAUGUGUCCCAUCAUACAAGAAGGAGAAUCUGCAUCUCAGGAACUUCUGGAUACAAUCCUGAUCAACAUCAUUGAGCCACAGAAGGUACCUACUUACUAAGCUGAUAACUUGAAAUGCAUAACUAUAAAGAUGAUGUCGGUAAAUGUAAUUUAAGCAAAGUUAACCUUGAAAUCAAUAAUUAUUAUAGCUAGUGAUUUCCCUUCUUCCUGCUGCAUGGGGUGGCUUUUGGUCCUUAGCAGGGAUACCUUGUGACCCUUGUGAGAUCAUCGGUGACUAUCAAAAUAAAAUUUCAUUAUGUGCUGUGUAAACAACUGCAUCAUUAAAAUGGAGGUUAGGUGCCUGGAGUAUCCAGGGGCUUCCACUGUUGGCAGCCGGCCCCUAGGUUGAAAUAAUGCCCCCAUGACUGGCACAACAGCGCAACCCACAGCCAUGAGCCCCCACACAAAAGGAAAGGGACAGGCACCUGUCACACUGGAAAACACCAGUGGAGAAAAAAGGAACACCACCAACAACAACAAAGCCUAGAGGAGGGGGCAGAGAAAAUCGGAGAAAGAACCUCAUGGGCUGAAAAAACCUAGCACGACAGAAAACUGAAUGCGCCAAUGAAUCACAUGAUUGAUCUAGCGAGCUACUGGGCAUGCGCAUGCCAGAAGACCACUGACCUCACGCACUAAAAGGCGUUCUUAGUUAUUAAUUCCUUUAAAUUGUAUUUAAAUGCAUUAAUGAACAAUCUCUUCAUUUAGUGAUUAAAAUAAUAUGAAAGCAGAUUUUGGCAAUGGUUUCAUGUUAAGUUGCACACCAAGGCACCCUUAUGUCUAAACAAUCCUUGAAAAGUGCUUGAAUGUUGACUGCCUUUUUCUGUACAAGUUGAGGCGUGUGUGGCCAAGUGGUUAAUACCCUGGAUCUGGAGGUCCAUGGUUCAAGCCUCGCCCAUCGCGUCGUUUCCUUAGACAAGUAACUUUACUCCACGUUGUCUCUCUUCACCCAGGUGUAUAAAUGGGUACCAGCAAUAUACUGUUGGGGGGUAACCUUGCAAUGGACUCGCAUCCCGUCCCAGGGGGGAGUAGCAAUACUCCUAGGCAUACUUGAUGUUAAGGAAACCGGGAUAAGCUCCGGCCAUUUGGGCCUUUGGCUCGUGUGCGCCUUUUCCUUUUUUUUCUGUACAAACCAUGUAUUUAGAGGCUGUUGUAGGGAAAUUUAAAAAGUGAUUGUAUGGAUAAAGAAGGGGCUUGUUGUUGUUGUUGGUAGGUGGCCAUUUUGUUUCAGUGGUUAAUGGAGUUUUUUUUUCAUCUUUCAAGAAUUUUUUAUAAGAUCAUUCUUAACAUCAUUUUGUUGUUUGUUUUCUCCAGAGUGAAAAUCCCGUAGCCUAUAAACUGGCAGGUGAAUUCAUCAGAAGGACUGCAACCUCUUUAGAGCCUUAUUUACAAAUGGUAAUCGAAGAAAAUUGGGGCUUCAGAGUGGAAAGGAAGUCAGUUUGCCAUUUGGGCAAGUCACAGCUAGCAUGUACUAGUCCAAGAGUCAUUUUAAUUAACCCCAAUUUUUUUUUAUGAGCAGGAUUGAUUACAGUUCUUCUGUAAUGUGAAUUUCCUAAAAAAUUCAUUUGCCAUCAGGCAAAUUAAGAACAUAAUUCACUAGCCUCAUGGCAAAAUCCGCUAAGUCCCGGGCUAUAUUCUAUCAGACAUGACUUUCUUUGCACACUGGGCUAAAUUUUUGUAUGGUUUGCAAGUGUGGGGCAUUUGAAAUUAAAGAGUUGACAGACAAAAUUAAUUGUGUGUUCUUUUAGUUUUUUAACAGUACCCUUGCCUUGGGGAAGACAUCAGACAGCAACCUAACAGAGAACAUUUAUGAUCUUAUUCUGGAAUUGAACAGAGUUUGUCCUAGUACUCUCUUGUCGGUUGUUCCACAGCUGGAGUUUAAAUUAAAGGUGAUUUUUGGGCAUUUUUCCAUCUCUCAGAACUCUAACUGUUUUGGUUGCUAUGGGCCAAUCUGCACUAGCAGACAAUGGAAUUGUCUAUGAAACAUCUUAACCAAACAUUGUAUGGUGACAAUUUUUUUUUUUAAUUUAUCUGCCAUGGAAACUACUCUUAAUAGGCCAGCGCAUCUGUCAUUACUUAAUGGAAAGAAUAAUGGUUUUUGCCCCCUUUGGACAAGCACGUGUUCAAAAGGAUUAAUUGCGCAACACGCACCCUUUAGUAUGAGGUGAUAAGAGUUUCGUGUUUCAUUUCGAGUCAGUUUUUGCCUCGAGCGUAUACCAGAGUUUUGCACCAUACUGUUUCAUGUCGUCUUUCAUUUCAUCCCAAUGGGUCGUCCAAGCAGGUGUCCAGGUUGUAAGGAGUUAAAGUGCAUCGGUGCAGCUCUUAUCCACUGAAUUGAAAUCUCUUCGACCAGAGACUACCGAGUUGCGUGCAUUAGUGCGUCCUCCCACUUUACGACAACAGAAAGUAGCAACAGUACUGCCCCUUGUUACAUUGCCAGAACUGCGUGCUAUGACCGAUUUGGCCCAGACGGUGGAUCGACAGGUAGACCAACUUGGCGUUGUCUGUUCUGAUGAUAGCGAGUCGGAGAAUGAGAGUGACUCUCUUCAGCACUCAGCAGCUACCUCUGCACCCUCCGCGCGUCCAUCGCAUCUGUCAUUACUUUAUGGAAAGAAUAAUGGUUUUACAACAAAUGAUUGACAAGAAAAACACAUUUUCAUUUGUUUAAUUGAUUUUGUCCACUUUUUAACCUGGACAAAACAAUUUUGUCCAGGGCACCUUUGAAGAUUGUCCCAUCUCGUACAAAAUUUGUAAAGUUGCAACAAAUUAAACCAUACGCAUUUCUUAAGCAUUGGUGAUGACAGAAAAUUUGUUGAAAUAAACACUUUUUUUGCUAGAGCAGAUAGGCCCUAUGGCAGGUAUAAAGGUUUCUAACCUCUUCUCUUUUUUUUNAAUAAUGGUUUUACAACAAAUGAUUGACAAGAAAAACACAUUUUCAUUUGUUUAAUUGAUUUUGUCCACUUUUUAACCUGGACAAAACAAUUUUGUCCAGGGCACCUUUGAAGAUUGUCCCAUCUCGUACAAAAUUUGUAAAGUUGCAACAAAUUAAACCAUACGCAUUUCUUAAGCAUUGGUGAUGACAGAAAAUUUGUUGAAAUAAACACUUUUUUUGCUAGAGCAGAUAGGCCCUAUGGCAGGUAUAAAGGUUUCUAACCUCUUCUCUUUUUUUUUAAGAGUGAGGAUGUAGAUGACCGAUUAAAAGUGGUCAGCUUAUUAGGUCAGAUGUUUUCUGAACAUGAUUCGGAACUUGCUGUUCAGAACAAGGCUCUCUGGAGUUCUUAUUUAGGAAGGUAAGCAAUUUAUUAAUUUAUUACUACUAACAGAGUGUGUUGUGUUCAAUAUUAACUUUAUCAUUUGAUGCAAAGGAGAACCCACUAAGUGACCUGCAAAUAACUGCCUACAAAUAAUGGUCUGCCCAUGUGCAUUGUCAUCCACCUGUGUUUAGCUAUAAUUGAACUAGGUUAUCUCAAAAUAUCAUAAUUUGUCAGUGUCUUGCAUAUCAAUAAAUCCUCGGCCUUUGGCUUUGGCAGAUAAUUGAUCCGAUGGCCACAGACAAAUCAUGAUAUUUUUCCUCAACCUGCUCUCAUGAUUGUUAAGUGGUUCAAGCUGUUUAACAGGGUUAACUCAGAGCACUAAGGUUCUCUGUCCAUUGGAAGCAAACAAGAUAAAGUAUCUAUUGCAGCUAAAAUUUGUCAUCAGGUUAAACCAGAAUUUCCUUUGUCUCCCAUGGAUGAUAAUUACAUGUAUCCAUAAUAGAUUAUUACGGCUCGGAAACAAAGGUCUGGAAUUUUUUGGUAAAACAUGAGAAUGUAAUUUACCAAAAAUACAUCCACCAGAACUCCAUGGGCUCUUGGAUUUGAUCAACUGUGUUUGCUGUUGAUAUAGUAAACUUUGCCCACUGUUCUGUUUUUUUUUCUUUCUUUUUUUUUGAGAUGGUGGCCAAUGCAAAGGCAGAUACAUGUGCACUAGCUGUUGCUUAGAAUGUACACCUUUCAGUUUCUGACACAUUUGUUCCUUGAUAGGUUUGUGGAUAUUAAUGUAGAUGUUCGUGUUGAGUGUGUGAAGAGAGCUAAAGAAUUUCUCAAGUUUCACCCCGACCUGGUGACAGAUGUUACAGGUGAUUUUUUUUUGGUUGAUUUGUUAUUUGCUAAAUACAAUUGUGCACAAUACAAUGAAACUACAUUAACCAGGGCUUUUAAACAGACUAAACAAUAAAUUACAGAUUACCGAAAGUGAAUUCCAACAAAAGUUGAUGGAACCAGUUAGCAUCUUGCAGUAUUCUUACAGUGAUUUUGUUACAAAUAGUUAAGGUGAGUCCCGGGACUUCUUGUGAAAAAUCAUGAGUCCAUCCAUAACUUAUGAGUCCCAGUUGAAAAAAAACAAAAACAAAAACAAAAAAAACAGGAGUCCUAAAUUGAAAAUGCUUGGGCUUUUACGUAACCAGACAGUCAAUUUGAAGACAGAUGCUAGAACUCUUCAUCACAGUUUUAAAAAAAUGAAAAAUGAUUUAUAGUCUUCUAUACAUUUAAAGCACAAAAAAGACUAAAAUAAAUAUGCAUCUUUAAACAAUAGCCACAGAAAUCACACGAAUAGGGUAUUCUACCAAAAAAUCUUCAAAUCAAUCAAUCGUUCUUUGGGCAUUUUUAUGCAUCGGGGACACAGGAGGAAAAAGUAGCAAAAUCACUGUUGUCAUUGGAUCAUAGAUGACUUUGGUUAGCUUUAACUGUAUACUUCUUUAAUUUGAUUGGUUACCAUCACUUUGGGCCAAGUAACUAUAGGUGCUGUUGAAAGCUUUAUUAAUUGUUGAUUGUAUUAAUUUUUUAAUUUUUUUGUGCAUAGUUGCCUAAUUCAGUAUUGUACUUUAUUAACAGCUGAUUAUGUACACAGCCCUUGCUUAGUUUUCAUUUUUUUUCUUUUUUUUUUAAUGUGUGCAUACAUGUGUAUUUCUCUAUUAUUUUAUUACAGUGUAUAUUAUGUAAAUAUUUUUUUCUGCAUGGCCAGCAUGACUAGCAUUUGCUAUUUCUAAGUGGCUGUGCUCUCCUGUAAUUUUUUCCUCUGUAUGUCCCAAGAGCACUAAUAAAGAUUGUUUGAUUGUUGUUGUUUUGCAGAUAAACUGCAUGAAAGACAAAGGGACCCAGAUGAGAGAGUACGGCAAGAAGUAGUAGCAACCAUCUGUGAUGCAGCGGUUGAACAGAUUGAACAUAUUGAUGAUAAGGUACUGCAAGUUUUAUCACUCCAAGUGCAUUGUCAGGGUUCGCAAAUACGCUAAAUUUGGUGCAUUUUACUCCAAAAUUGUUCAGAUGACAUCCAUGAGGUUACGGAGAGAGUCACUUCGACUCCAGAAAUUUUCAGUAACAAACAGGGAGCCACUUCAACUCCAGAAAUUUUCUGUAACAAACACAGUUUUGUCCUGGCUUACCUUUUUCGCAACAAAUACAAUUUACGUUAAUUGCAAACGUUGUAAACCUUAAUUAAAUCAUUGAAAUUCAAGAAUUAUACUGCACGACAAAACAGGAAGAGGGUAAAUUACGAUCAAACUUUGCUCGAUGACCGACAUCAUGGAUUUGAGCUUUCCAGGUCAGCGGACCACCACAGCUAAAUCGUGUAUCCCUCACGAUAGUGUAUACAUACCAGGACCACGUGCUGGAAAGUCUGAAAAUGGCUUUUUUCGUUGUGAUACUUGACUCCAAAUAUUCCAAAAUGACUCCAAAAUUAGGAAGCAGAAGUCAAACUGACUACACUCAUCAAUAAAAUUUGCAAACCCUGAUUGUACUGCACCUGGUUGUGUUUUGAAUGUAUUGGCUGGUUUGCUUCCUGCUUCCAGAUGGUGGCCGGACAUCUUGCCUGGCCAAAGAAAUUUUAGCUUGGUCAAGUCUUGUUUCUGACUGGUCAAAAUAUUGGGAAAAAAGUUAACUUAUCGUUUUGUAAUUUUUACUUUGUGAACACAAUUGUGUUUUUUCAAAGAAACAAAAUUUAAGAUUUACCGGAGAGGAUUUGGCUGUUUUUUCAUGAACGAGAGUGCAUGCAUGACCAGUCAAUGUGGCUGGCGACUGAAGUUUUUGGCUAGGCAAGUUACAGUGCUGGCCAGAUAUUGUCCUUUGACCGGCGGUUAUUUUGAGCCCCGCAUUUAAUCUGAGGGAUGUCAUGUGAUGGCUCAAUAAACAAAGUAUGCUUGAUCUGGCCUUAUAUUCUAAUGUAAAGAAAGAAGAAAAGAUGUUGCUACAAAUGCAGUCAAGUUAUAAUUAGGAUUUUGUGUUACUUGUGUCCUUUUAAGUUUUAAUGUGGACCCUAGAUCAAGAAGCCCCUGGCUCAAAAGUUCUUGAGUACCAUUCAGCUGUAAAGAGUACAGUGUAUUUUCUGGAACUAGCAGUCAUCUCCAAGAUAUUAAGGACACUAUACCCGUGCCUUGAAAAUCCUGCAAACCUUCAAUAAGUUUACCUUGUGUCAGUCAUCACAAAAAUGACAAAACACAGAAGCUCAGAGUUUAUAAACAUGUCAGUAGCUUUGCUAUAAUUAUGCUAGGCCAACCCCAAAAGGACACAAAGACUGUUAGCCUCCACCUUUCUUUCUCUUCGUCUUUACCAUUUAUCAAGGAAUUUCAAGGGGGCCUGACUACUUGUAGGGAAUAUUGACAUAUACACAAAUGUCUGGCUCUGACUGAAUUUUUCUUCACUCCCUUGUGUUAGCUUUUUGAUGCUGUAUGUGAAAGAGCUAGAGACAAGAAGGUAAGAAUAAUAAUUUUUUUUUAAAUUAUGAAAAGUGUAUUCAGUCCACAGAGCUUGAAAAAGUCCCGUUCGGUAGUACAAAACAAGUCCAUUUUCUUGCUGGGCAAGUAACUUUUAAAGCUGACUUGCCCAUUGGGCAUUUGGGGCCCAGACCAGUUGUCCUCUAACAAAACCAUUAUCUAAGACCAGCAAGAAGUGGACCUGGCAAGCAAAAUGUGAGAGCUGAUUGCAUGUGGCUAAAUGAAAUUUAGGCAAAGUUAAAAUGUAAACAAUGCUGGUCAUCAGUUUCUUAGUUGCCUGGCUUGGGGUGGCCCCAGACAUUUAGCAGGGGCACUUCGUGAUUCAUAUGCAGUCUGCUUGUUUGCAGUUACUUAUAAAGUCAUAUUUAUCUCGCCCCCCGUUGCCUUGCCAAAUUUUUUCUGCCUGCUUCACCCUCCUGAUAGUUCCUUCUACCUAUUUGAGUAUUGGUUGUAAGUAUUCCACUGAGUGAUUCAGGGUGAUGGUGCCUGGUGGUGGCCACUUGCGGGAUUGCCAUGGAUACCUCCUUUUUCUUGCUACAACUUUGCCCAGCUCCACCAAUCCUUAAGGGACCAGCUUCUAAGCUCAUCUAUUGAUGAUGAGUUUAACCAAAGGACAAGCUGGAAUUUCCAAGCCCUGAGUCCUACCAGUUGCAUGAAGUGUUCCUGCUGUCUAUACUAUUGAUAACUUGUGUAUGAGUUUGUUUUUCUUUAGUACUGUGCAUCUAAUCUGUGUUUCUGCUGGUUUUGUUUCUUCAGUGGCAUGUCAGUAGAGAAGCAAUGAUGUGUCUUGGAAAGUUAUAUAAGAAAUUGACUACAGGGUCAGUAUUUCGUUAUGUCAAUUUUUUGUGAUAGAUAGGAACUAACAAACCAAAAGCUACAUUCUCUCCAUAAGUAUCACAGGAAAUAACAUUAUGAAGAAUAACGUGACAUCAGUGUAUUUGGGCGUAAAGGGUUGGCAUUAUUAUUUAUAGUCGCAUUUGUCACAUACCCUUUUUAAUCUGUUUCGGUUGUAGAACUACUGCAGACAAAACAGCUGCCAAGAGGUUAUUAUGGGUUCCAAGUAAAAUUCUCCACCGUUACUACCAUAAUACUCCAGAAAACAGGUACUGUUAAGGAAAUUGUGUUAAUGAUUAUAAGGAGUCAGUUUUACAUGAAAACAGAAUUGCCAAAUGUUAGUAAAAAUGAGCCACAAAACUUUGGUUCUCUUUCCAUGUUGUAAAGCUUUUAGACUGGCGUACUUGUCUUCUGAGUCUGGAAAAGCUUAAAAUACAAAUGUGCUUGGUUUGCCUAAAAUCUUUCAUGUUGUUGUACAUUACAUCAUCGUGGGUGCUCUUUUAGCAAAAGUAAUGAUGGGGCGGCUGUACAGUAAUAUAAUAUAUCAGAGUGAAUGUUGUGCUUAGUAUAUUAAGUGAUUAAAAUGUGAACUUUAACAAGAACUGUAUCAUCAUGCUUUCAUCAACUGAAGUGCAACAAUGUAUUAGACUAAUCUACAAUUUGGUUAACUGAGAUCAUCUUCAUUACUGAGACAGUCAUGUUAUAACAGACACUUGUGAAAUGGGAUUUGUUUGGGGGUGGUGUAACUUGGAUGCUUUUUAUCCGUAUUGCUUUUUGUUUACAGGGCUUGAAAUUGUGACUGACUGGUCACUUACUCAACUAAAAGUUUAGUGUUGGUGACAACAUUUUUUUUAGAAUUUCAAAGCCAGUUGCUAGUGGGCAACUUGCUUUUCAUUUCUUUUAAUUUUUGGUUAUGGAAGAGUUGAUCUUACUGUUAAAAAUGUGAAACAUACUGUUCAAUCCCUAUGUUGCAGCUCUUCAAUGACCAAAAUGCUAAAAUUAAUAAGAAGUUUAUUUUUAUGUUCUUAUUUAUAACGUGUAGAACAUUCUUACAAAGCUUUUGUAUUGCUUGUUAAAGGCUCUGCGUGGAGAGAAUUUUAAUUGGCUGCUUAGUGCCAGUCACUCUAGAAGCUGACGAGAAAAUGAAGAAAUUGUUACAUAUUUAUUGCAAGCUUGACCCUCAGGCAGCUAGGUAAGUGUACAUGUUAAAUAACUGAUAUACCUUUUCUUUCUUUUAGGGAGGUAACUCUUCCAGAAUUUUGAGGUCAGACCAGAAGUAUGUCGGACCCACCAGAUACCAUUCACCCCCUAUUCAUCACCUGUUAAUUAAGUCAAUACUAGUAACAACCAAUGGGUAUGGAAUGCGGUGACAACGAUCAAAGCAAAACUCUUUUGCUCCAAUGCUAUGCUUUGCAUAAUCAGAUUACGAGUGAUAAAAGGUCCAAAUGCGUGUGAUCAAAUUGCAUUUUGUGCAUUUCAGUUAUUCCAAACGAAUGCUUGCUAAAUACAUGUGAUGCAUGGGUAAUAACAACCUGGAGAUUAGGAUUGCGGGCUCUUCUUGUCGUCCGCAAUGAGUAUUGAGAAAGAUGUUAAGUGCCAUUUUGGGAGUUUUGUUUCAAAGCCUAGUGGUAACAUUUUGUAUGUUAUGUUUGAUAAAAUUAUAUUUUAUCACUUAACUUUUUUGUGCAAUUAAGCAUAUCCUAAUAUUUUUCUAUUAUUUUUAUUCUUUCUCUUCCUUAGUGCUUUCCAUGGAAUACUCAAUUGUCAGCAAAGGUGAGGAAAAGUUAUUUACAUCACAGUGCACUUGCUGUCUUUUUUUUCAUGUAAAUAAAGCAGGGACUUCUCAUGGCUGUGAUGAAUGUGAUUCCUGGCUACUUUCACAAGAAAAUAGAGGAAAAGUAGAACCAAAAGAAGUCCCUCGCUGUUUGCUUCCCUGCCUACUUGUAGUAUUUAUCUGGUAACUUGACAUCUUGGUGACAGCCCUGAUUAAAUCUAACAUGCAAAGAUGGUUGUGAUGACCACAUAUUUCUCAUCAGGCCCUUACUAAUUCAUUGUUUACGUUCUUUCAGAGUACGAACAGACAUUGCUGAUCUUAUAGAGCUGUCUACAAAAGAACAGGUACAAUUUUUGAAAGGCUACUUGUUUGAAUAGCUACAUGUCUUCAUGUUUGGCUGUGAAAUACUUGAUACCUCUGGGCAUUUUCCCCUGUCUAUUGUAAAAAACCAUGUGUAAUAUUUACCAUUAGGAAUCAACACCAGUGGUGUGGACCAGGAAUGAAUCCCAGAAACAGCACCAUUCUCCAUAAAUGAGUUUAGUUUGUUGUUGGCUCUCUCUCCCAAUUCUCAAGUUUUCCCCACUCCUCAAAAACCAACAUUGCUGAAUUCCCAUUUUAUCAGGAAUGGUAAAAAUAAAUCAGUUGACGCAUGUGCUACCUCUAAACCAUUAUUUAUUGUAUUUAAAGUUCAUUUAUAUCUACCAAACAGAAACCCUUUCAGCCAUUGUUCAGUUCCAUCCAUUAAUGGAAGUGGGAACUGACCUCUGCCAAUUUUGUCCUUUAAAUAGUAAUAUUCAGCUCAAUGUUUGAAAUGUUGCUGACUUUGAUUUUUUUUUUUCGCUGCAGUCAGAGGACAAUGAGGCUCUUAUUUUCUCAAAGAUAAUUUCCCUUGCAAGUAUGUUAUCUUGCAUAUCAUACAUAUCACUGCUCAGUCUUAAAAAAAAACAUUUCCUCAUAUGUAAAAUUGGCCUAUGGGCCAUUUACCAUCCUCUCCUGAGGAUACAUAAUGACUUUCUGUUACUCAACCUGGCACUUCACAUCGCUGAUGAAGUUUGAGUGAUGCGGGUGAAACAUUCAUUUUUGUCUCAAAUUUUGAUCUGAGUCUUAGAAUUUGCUAUACUGAAAUUUCUUUGCCGUAGCUGGUGAAAAACCUUUUUGUAGUACUUGUAUAUGCAUGUAUGUUAGACUUGGAAUAGAACACAAAUGGCAUUAUUAUUCCAUCCAGUAGAUAUUAAAUGUCCUUUCAUCCUUACCAAUUGCUUCAGCAAGAUUAGUAGUAGCCAGGCUUGUUAUAAUUAUUUUUGGAAAUUGAUUCAAUAGUACUUCAAUAGUUUAGUUAACAGAUCGGAAAAAGAGACUUAAAUUAGGUAAAUAUUAAUUAACAUGACAAGUUUCGCAAGAGGCUAUCUAAUGUAAAACCAAACAGGAUUGUUUUCCAUACACACGUACACAGUUUGUGAUUAAUUGGCUACUUCCAGGGCUGUCAUUAAUUUUUAGAACAGCCAUAUCAAAUAAAGAUUCACUUGUAACAUCUCUCCAAAACUUUAUAGUGUCACCUUUAGCUUCCCACCACUUGGGGCUGAUUUGCGAUAUUAUUUAGCAAGCUUCUUUGUUUGGAAUGUGGGACUUUGAUUUUUGGAUCACUUGAGAAACAUAACAUGUACAUUUUGGCAAAUUAUUUUGGCAGAGUAGGCUACUUUUAGCCCCUGAUGUUAAUUUAUUUCUUUUAUUUUUAGAUUUUUAUUCCUGCUGAUCCCUAAAUUAUUUUAUUCUAGCAAUAACAAUAAUGCAAAGAAAAAGAGAACAAAAACUUAAUGUGAUAUUUAUGUCUCUUUUGAUUUUAGGAGCUUUUCCUGAUGCCUUUAAGUUUCAAGAAAACCUAAAGAAACUGCGGGAAAUGCUUCAGGAGCCAACUCUGAGAGAGUUGUUCAAGAAAAGCAUCGAUCCUGAUGUAGGAUGUUCGACAGUUUUCAAGGCAGUGGUAAGUACUUGUCCAAUGCCUUUAACUCCUAUCCUAGAGACAAUCACAAUCUUCCUGCACAUUUGCUGAGGAAGUAAUUGUUCCUUUUUCAGAGUGAUGUUGUUUUAAAGGUGGGAUCUAAGAAUCCUGUCCUAGAGACAAUCAAAGCUCUUCUGGACAGAGCAGCACCUCUACUAGUGGAUGAACAGUGCAUCAAGAACAUGUUCAAGCUGGUAAAGGAUGCUGUGGAAGGGCUGUCUGAUUAUGAAGAUGAUGAGUAUGAAUGGCAUGAGAGUUCGGGAUCACGUCCUGUUGGGAAAAAGGGCCUGGAUUUGUUAUUGGUGAGUCUAAAUUCCUGUAAUUGAAAUACUAGGGACCUGUUGUGUCUGAGUUAGAUAUGUCCUGGAUGAAAUGCUAAUAAGAUGCACAUUGGUUAUGAUACCAUACGAUGAACAUGUAUGAUAGGAUUGAUGUUUGAUGCAUUGUGAUGUAAUAUGCGAUGUGAUGUAUUAUGAUAUUAUUCAGUAUGUUACUGUUCAUAUCUGGCCAGAAGUAUAUCUGUGAUAAAAUCCUAGAUAAUUUACUUCCUUGAAGCCAUCAUGAAGUGUGCUUGUGAAUAAAAGUUCUCCAAAACAAAAUGAUUCCAGUAAAAUAAGAAGAUUCAAGAAAUUAAUAUGAAAAUGGCAAGCAAUAAGUAGUAAAUUAUUGUGUAUCAUACGUGCCCUUUAGUAGCGAGAUUUUCGUAUGACCUCAAAAAGUGGUUUCGGUAAGUGUUUGUUAUUUGUUUCAUCAGCUGGUAGAUGAAGAGAUCAAAUUAUGGCCUCUUCGCUUUCCCACCAAAGAAAACCCUAAUAUGGAGAAGACAUCAUCAUGUUGCAGUAUGACGUCAAAUUGAUUUCAAUUGAUUUCUAGAAAGUUCUCGGACAUGAAGUUUUUUCACCUGAGUGUUCGAUAAACCAAUCAAAUCUCUCUAUUUCCGUUCGUUUGUUGUUUCUGUUUUGUUCACGCUUUUUCAUUUCAAGGUCAUAUGAAAAUCACUUAAUAAUUAUUGAUUUUUUUUGUUAGGCACUGGCCGGUGUGUUUCCCUCUCAGUUUCAAAAUGAUGAUAUUUUUCAACAACUAUUGGUUUUUCUGAAAAACAAAGAUCAAGAAAUAGGUAAGACACUCAGGUCUCAAACAGCAGACUUGUGCAAUCUAUCUAGGGUGUUGAUGUCCUCCAAAAGAUUUUCAUCUGAGAUUGUGUAUACCUUUUCCUGCUUCUGCAGGAUCUAUGCAAGGAACUUUUGACAUGAAUCAACAUAUCUUCAGAAAGUUUCCCUGGCCCUUUCUAGUACAAAAUAUAUUACUUUAAUGAAAUCCUUACUUUGUCACUGAUUUGUUUUAAACUCAAAGGAAACCCAAACCAAAAUAAACCCAAAAUAUUACAUUUUCUUAGUCGGCUCCAAACAUGACUGGGAUUUUGCAAGAGAAUGGAGUAGGAAAGAUGGUGUUGGGUUCUUUUUAUGCUCUGCUUCUCAUUUUCUUUCUUCUCUUUCGUUAGUCUUCAACCAUAUUAUGAUUUUUAUGUCAUUUACUUAUAAACUGUAAACUUUCCUAAAGUGAGCCUUAAUCUUUAUUUCAAUUUUUGCACACACUGUCCCACCUCGAAUAGCCUUGCUAGCUGCAGGCAGUGCUUUUGUCAUAUUAUUUUGGUUACAUGUGAGGUCUCUAACUUCUGCCUCUCAUUUCGAAAUGCUCUUCCCUACCGUACUGGAACAGGCUUUUGGCAAUAGCAGUGUCUGGCAUAAAGUGUUUUACUAGAUCUCUUCCUUUUGAUAGCUUGGUAAAUUGGAUUCAAAAUUAAAAUUGCUGAAUUAACCAAUAAACGUUAUAUUCUAUUUUAUAUUUGCAGUUGAUCAGGCACUUAAGAUGCUUGCCUUGACUGGUGAUGGCAUUGAAAAAGUGAAUAAAUCACUAGCAAAGUAAGUUCUUUUAUAAGCAGGGCUCGCACAGGGUCUUGAAUUCUUGUAANGGUAAAUUGGAUUCAAAAUUAAAAUUGCUGAAUUAACCAAUAAACGUUAUAUUCUAUGUUAUAUUUGCAGUUGAUCAGGCACUUAAGAUGCUUGCCUUGACUGGUGAUGGCAUUGAAAAAGUGAAUAAAUCACUAGCAAAGUAAGUUCUUUUAUAAGCAGGGCUCGCACAGGGUCUUGAAUUCUUGUAAUAGUCUUGAAAUGUGCGUAGCAAUUUUCCAGACCUGGAAAAAGUCUGGAAAAUAGAGACAAAGUCUGAAAAAAUGGUAAAAAGUCUUGAUUAAUUUUUCAAAGCUAACAAGUGCUUAAUAUAAGUGAAAACUUUUUUGUUUUGGUCAAAUCUUGUCCAAUCUUAGCGUUAUGUUUGCAGCGCACCGUGAAAAAAUCUUUGUUCCUGCAUUUUUAAGUUCUCUAAUGAUCACCUAUUUGAUAACCUUGGGUCUGGGAAAAGAAAUUAUUGUUUUGGAAAAAGUCUGGAAAAAGUCAUUGAUUUUGGAUCGAGAAAUCUGUACAAACCCUGUAUAAGUGAAGUAAAAACUGAGUCAAAUGUUCUUGUUACGCAUCUGUUCUGAUUGUUUAAAGGGCAAUAAAUAAUAAUUAUUUUACUGCAAGUUAUUGGUAGGAAUCAGCUGAGAUUUCUUAAUUGGAAUUGGAUUGACCCGACCAAUUGAUCAUCGAUUAUCUUUCGUAAAAAUCUCUUUAUACAAGUACCAUUUUUUUCCACCUGCAUGCAGGUCAAGGUUACAAGGUUUUUUUUACCGUGGACCACUUCUAAAUUAAACAUGGCCACUGUUCUGUCUUUUAUAAAGUGACCAAAACGCACAAAAUGUAAAUAUGUACCUGAUUGAACAUUUUCCAAAAGUGAUCAAUUUUUCUCUUUGAUGAUUGGCACAUCACUACUGCAGGUAUGCUCAUAGGAACGUUAAAAUCCAAAACUGUCCCUAAUGUAUGAAGAUUAAUGUCAUACUGCUCUCUCUUCUACAUUAGUUAUUACCACCCAGUAUUGUCAAAACUAGCACUGAAAGGAACGCCCUGCCAAGCCAAGCACUCUCUGAGAUCUAUUGCAAAGAUGGCUGCUUCUACCUCCCAGCCUUUUGAUCGUAUUUUUACAGUAAGUAGUACGAUGUUGAUGCAUGACUGGUAACAGUAAUAAGCUGUUCAUCUCUGCUUUUGCUCUGACUCUUUCUCCGGAUAGUUUGUGGGAAAUAUUAGUUGGCCUUUUCUUUCCCAGUAGAAACCAGAGUCAAAAUUUGAUCAAAGUCCCAAAUUUCAUUUUGUAAAGUACUAAAAAACAAAUAGUCAGUAGAACCUCUAUACAUGGGACACCCUCAUGCUCUAGGAAAGUGUCCCAUGAAUAGAGGUUGGGCUUGGGUUUGUCAAUAAAUAGCCAAUUUUUUUUUUCUUCUAUUUUGCCUCGGAAUCUGCUGCAGUCAUGAUCUCAAGCAGCUAGACAAUGUAGAAAAAAUCUUGAUUAACUCAUCUAUGCGGUAUUGUGUGUUGAAAUCCCACAAGUGCAGUGCAUUGAUGUAAGUGAGAUAGCUCAUUGUAUUGAAAUCUGUGAUUGUUGUGAUUAGUAUACGCUUAAAGUUAUCAACCCUCCUUGUGGUCACGUCUCGAGAGCUAAGGUGUGCCCUAAAUGAAGCUUAAAUUUGGGGUUUUGGGACUCAGAUAAUGUGUCCCUUUCCCCUGAAGAGAGGUGUCCCCUCAGUGGAGGUGACAGUGAACAGUUUUCCGGGGCCAAAUUUUGUGCCCCUUAAUAGAUUUGUCCCAUUGUAGAGGUUCCACUGUAGUAUUUUGUGAAAGUAUCGCCAAAGACCCCAUUAAUCUCUUUGGGAAUGACAAUUGUUAAGGGUUAGAGAUUAAUGUUAGUUUUUUACUGGUUGCUGAACGCACGCAUUCUGUUAAAUGAACAGGACAUUUUUUUGCUACCAAAAAUUAUGCAUACACUCUUAUUAUGUUAGCUAAGCAGGCUAUGUUUGUAUCGAAAUGGUAUGGCCUAUUUUGUUUUCUCGUAGAACCUCGUGAGCUCCUUGACCUACGAUUGUCCGCUUCUGCUGACAACAUUGACAGCUCUCGGAGAGAUUGCGUUAUUGGCACCAACGCUGUUUGAAACCCAGCGGCCGGCCAUUGUACGUGAUUUUAUAGUCAAGGAAUUGCUGAUGAAAGACAGGGUAAGUUCAAAACGCCCUGUCAUUUGCAUCGCUGUGAGAUGUCUAAGACUGUGAAGAGGCUCUGGUAAGGGAUGGGGCGAAAAAGUGCAAAAGCGCGAGAAGGUGAAGAACAGCUAAAGGCAAGAGAGGGAGGCGAAUUUUCCCUCAACUUGUUUUGGUCACCUCUCUAGGCUGGUGAUGUGAAGUCUAACUAUAAUCUCCCUGGUUUGCGCGUCACUAGGAGGCAACAAUAAAUGCUUUCCUUUUGGCGGUUAGUUUUCUAGCAAUUCACCUCAAAAUUGCUACACGUAGAGCUUUUAUUGUACUACAGUUCUGUGAGACAAGUUUGUUCAGCAUGACAGUCUUUAUUCUCUAAGUGAUAAAUAAACAUUUCUUUUAACGUCAGGGUGUGGCAGCUAACUCUGAUGAAAGCGAGAGUUCUUGGUGUGAUGACAGGGAUGUUACGCAUGAAACACAAGCCAAGGUGAGCAGAAAGCAUACACCUGAUAUAGUCUUACGAGAAAAAAUAUCCUGUGAUUCUUGGUAAGUCUCACGAGUAAAAAAUUUCCCAUGAUUCUUGAUUUGCAACCGCGUAACGAGGCGACCAUGUUGGUUUAAAAAAACAAAACGUCAGCUGUAAACCAGCAUCAAUACUUUUGAAAACAGUCUACUUCAAAAAUAUCCUCUUGCUUGUCAAGGACUUCAAAAGAGGGUUUUCUCAGAGGAGAGGUACUUUGCAAAGAUGCGCGAGAGAGACUUGCUAGGGUUACCAUUGGAUUAUUAAAUUAAACAAGGUUGUAAAAAGAUGUUUUAGCAACCACUUUGGUAGCAGUGGCGAGACUUUGGUCAUGAGGACAUGCAACAAAGUAAAAAAAUAGCGAUAAUUACUUUGUCAAACGCCAUUUUCCUGGCGUUGCCUUUUUAACAGUCCAUAAAAAUUAUUUUGACGUGAUGCGUGUUUUCUUACAAUUAAUUGUCAGAUCAAAGGGAUACGCCUUCUUGUCAAGUGGUUAAGAGGCCAGGAUAGGAACCAUAAGACAUAUGUACAACCUGUUCUUAGAUUACUUGAUAGCAUGCUAGCUCACAAAGGAGAUUUACAACAACAAGGAUGUGUGAGGUACUGUCGUAUUGUUGAUUCAAAUUGUAAAAUAUUGUUACCUAGCAAGUCUGUGAAAGUUUAUACCAAAGUAUUAAAUAUUAGCAAGUCCACAGCGACAAACCGUUGAGUGGUGCCGGAUCUCACAGUUGUAGACUGGAUCAGUACAAUAACAACUUGUAAAAGUGGGUUGAGUUUGGUGGUCCGGGUGAACUUGUAUAACGUAUAAAACGGCAAGCUGAUCCUUACGACAAGGCUAGGAACAAGUGAACAAAAGAAUAAAACAACUAAAUAUAUUUAUACACACUUGCCCAAGAUUUUGGUUUGAAAGACAAACCUUCAGGGGCUAAAAGAAAAAUGAAAAGGGUUUAAAAAUUUAAAGUUAAAACAAUAGAUUGUGAUUGUUUACACUGUUUAUACUGCUCUUUCUCUCAUGUACUAAGGUUAAUGCCGAUUAACUGUCAAGGCUUUCAUUUGUUUUUUGUAGUUUUUUUGCAUUUCUUUGCUCUGUGAUUGGCUGAAAAUUCUCAUGCCUCUUUCUUGACCAAUCAGAAGUAAAACCAUAUUAAAACCAGUCGUUACUUGGUUACACAAGUUUUCCCGCGCCUUCUUUAAGUUCCGAUUGGUUAGUUGGAAUGUGCGCGUCUAUUUUGAUUGGCCGGGAUAAUUAGGGAUAGAUGUUUGCUUUCUCUUAAGUACGACACCCAAACUCAUUGUGCACUAAUUCGUAAUUCGUGCCGCGAAAAUAAAGUAAAUUUCUACUAUGACGAAUUGUAGGACUUAUCUUUGGAUGUUUUCUUUUUGGCUAGUGCUGCUGAUUGUUCACGACUUCGCCUGGCUGCAGCGUGUGGUAUUAUUAAGAUCGCUCAAGAAGCUCACUGUAUUGAAUAUAUAACUCUUGAAAUCUUCCAACAACUUUCGCUCGUUAUGCAGGUAAUCGCUUACGAAUUGUCCUUUUAUACAUCUCCCAUAAUACACCUUGUUUGAACCCUAGCGGCAGAGGUAGCCUUCAUUCGUAAAAUUCUUUUUUUUUGAGGUGUUUUAAUUACUUUUCAGCCAAUUGGUCGACAGGAUGCUCGAAAAUAAUAGCCUUCAUGAACGCCAAGCCCCUCCCCUAGCAAGAGAGUGCGCCUCUGGCGCAUAUUUUUGGCCUUACCGGUCAAGAAUGGUCCCUUACGUGCUAAGCUAAAACUUAGGGAGAACACUGGGUCAUUAUUCUUGACAGUGUAUAUUUUACCUAUGCAGGACCCUUGUUAUGAAGUUCGGGACAAGUUUACCAAAAAGCUGCACAAAGCGGAAGAUUUACUAAAACUUCCCCUAGAGUAUUUGGGAAUAUUCGCCCUUGCAGCACCUGAACCUGUCAAGGAAAGAAGGAAUGAGGUAAACUAAGGAGAAUUUAUAUUAGCUUUAUUUGCUCCCGCCACUUAAUGAAAAUGUCGGCUGUAGGAUGGGCGCUCAUUGGAAGGAAGGUGCUUAUUAAGUUCUUCGGUUGGUAGCCAAGCUAGCCUGUUCCAGGCCUUCAGAUCGUGGGGACAGCACAAAGAGAAUUUCCAUUUUACGGUUUACACACACAGUUAUCAAUAGAAACAAUAGAAACAGGUUUUCCUUGUACCCUUACAAUAGAAAAAGUGUUGGGAAGGGCAGGAGGGCACCUGUUUGAUAUUUUGGCGUAGGGGGUGGGCGCCUGUUCGGGAGAGAUCGCUCAUUAGAGCGUGGGCAAAGCGUUACAAAGCGAGGCGGUGUUAUAAGUUUCAUUUCAUGAUUUUAUCGCCUUGUUAUUUUACUAAAUUUUAGACACGGUUCUUUAGUUUUAAAAAAUAUUUGUGUUUGUUUGUUGUGAAUCAUUUGAUACAACGGUUAAACUUGUUCGUGGAAAUACCCGAUAAAAACAGGGCUUAAUUGGUCGGGAUAAUCAAAAAGCUAUGGUUAAGGCCCUGUGCAAAAUAAUGCGAGUUUUAAACAAAAGAGGCCUUAUAAAACCGCGACGGCAGCGGGAACGUCUAAAACACAAUAGGUUUUGUGAACAAAACAAAUACUCCGCACGUUUAUCAGGCUUUUUGUACAUUUCUCUGCCGUCCCUGCACGAUUACGUCAAUAAAUGACCAAAUUUUGAGUUGAAUUGAGAACGGGAGCGGCAAGGUAUCUCUGAACUCGACCGCGGCCUCCUAUCUUUCGCAGUUCCAACCUAACUUUACUGCUUUUAAGUAACUGGGCGAACUGGAAUUAGGGCGAAAAAUUCAAAGGACGCGAAGCGUAUUUUUCAGCGACGUUUUUAUUGGCGUGGCCGUUGUCGGAUCGUAAGGUUUCUAAAAACGCAUCAAGACGUCCGCGUCCACUUUAGUGUUUGCAUCAUUUUCCGCCGUCCACACUCAGCCGUUUCCGUUUAUGUCCUUCCUAAACCCACUCUGCAGCCGCACCUUAGUCUUGUGGCUUGUUUUUGACAGAAUUAAAACCGUAUGUUUUGCCCCUUAGGUUAGACAAAUGAUCACAAAGAACGUCAAAACAAGAAGAGAUUACUUAAAGCAACAUUCAUCAGCCCAAGGUAAGUGAGGCUCAAGCAAAGAAGUGAAGGAUGCUUGACGGCCACACCUCUCUCAGCAAGUGUUAGUAACAGUGAACUCAAGGAUUAACAUUUCUUGGCAGAAAGAGGCUACUAUAAUGAACCAGUAAAAAAAAGUUCGAAGAAUGUCUAUAUGACAUUGGACAAAGAUUGAGUAGUUCUUUGAUGGCGGGAGUCAUCGAUAGGUCCGUGUGUAUUUUGCAAAUGUUCAUACCCGCCGUAUUUUAUAUAAUUUCUCAAUUUCUCUAUAGGCCGGUGUAAAAUGAUACCUUAAAAGGAUCGAAGCUUUUGCACGUUGUAUUUAUUCGACAAACGUUAACUCUUCCGCUAUAGUACAUGGUCAAGACUGUCAAUCCCCAUGAUCGGAAUCUGCCAUUAUCUUUUUUUUCUUCUUUUAUUUGUAGUAUGUUCACAGUCCAUUUUGCCAGAGUAUGCUUUGCCCUGUGUUAUUCACAUGUUGGCGCAUCAUCCUGACUUCAGACAAGACGAUCAUGAAACCCUUGUGCAAUUCAAAGAGUAAGGAAUUUUGUUAACGGAACCCCUUCAGUUCUAAGACGGCCACCUGGAGUUGCUCCUUGCCGUUCUUCACUCAUUUAAUUUCACUCUUUGUGAGGCUGAAACGUCUUUAAAACUCCAUCCCAGGGCGCUUACCAAAAUUCCGAACUAUUUACCCGUUUUCUUAUUGUUUGUGCUGCUUUGUUUUGCUUUAUGCUAUUUGUUCGUUUAUUUGAUUUUUCUAUUUACAUAUUUAGUGUUGGAACUUCACAUCGUAUACCCUUUAUUUUUAGGAAGUCUAUAAUUCACAAGCCCCCAGCUUCUAUAAGAGACAUCACUGUUUAUAAACAUUGUUUUUGUCAUUCAAAUUUGUUACGAGUGGAACAAAAGAAUCUUUUGCAGAACCAAUGCUCUUCUGGUUUGCAAAUUAAUUUUAGUAGGUGACGUCAGCGUGAUUAUCGCUAUAUGGCUUUUUUGCCAUAGCCAUUUCGAACAUGUAUAAAUUAAGUAAUUAAAUUUAAUAUAAUUAUUGAAAAUGUAGAUACCCUGAAGGUAGCAUUUUUUUAUUUAGUUUACUGUAAAAUGUAUGAAAUGAAAAUGGAAAAUGAAAUGAACUAGCCAGCCGGACCGCUCAUUUUUAGAAAUACUUUUCUCCAAAAGUUUAAGCUAAAAAUCCAAUACUACUUAAUUUUUUUUUUUUUGGUUUUUGCAAUUUAUUUGGUUGUUUUCCAAACUGUUCCAGCUACCUGUGGUUCUUCAUGGAACCGAUUUUAGCCAAAGCAGAUAAUUACAGCUUCCUGAAGAAGUUAGUAGAAAACGUCAAGCAAACAAAAGACGUCCAGGCUCCCGAUGACCAGGAAGUGAACAAGGUAGAUAUAAGCCCACCAUCCCCUCCCUCCACCUAACCCAGCCCGCUUAGUCUUACUUCAAAAUGGAAAUCCUGUCCCAAAGGGGUGAUUCAGUUCAAUUUUAUUCUUAGUUGAAGCGUUAUUUCUCUUUGUUUCGAACUCCGUAUUACCCGUUUCAACAACCUCGUCUCCAAAGCCAGGGAAAAGCGCGCUUUGCCGUUUCAGUACUUAAAAACCAAACUAAAAUUAAGAUAGAAGCAAUUACAAUAUUGAAAAAUCACAUGCACAUCCAGAGGUCAAGCUGUUAUUAAAAUAAAAGGCGAAACGCUCUAAGGCCAAAAGAAAAUACUCUUACUUCAGGGGCACCCAACGAGAAUAUAGUUCAAAACUACUUAUACAUAGCAUUGUUAAACGUAUUUUAGGAUUUAAACGGUAGAUAUAGGCAUAUUUUUAUCCCCUAAAAAUUUUUCAUCUGUUCGGAUUUCCUAGCUGAAAGUCUAGUGAUCCGAAAAUUGUAGGGAUCAAAACUUACCUUUAAGAAAAUUCCAGCCAGAAAAAAGGCUCCCGAAAAUUCUAGGUGACCUUUUUGGGGUAAAAAUCUGUAAAAAUAGGCAAUUAGACCAUUUUUUAGUUGUUCGAAAAUCCUAGGAGCGGCAGGCAAGCAAGAAAUUUUACAACAAAUGUUUCGAAAAUUCGAGAUCUCAAAUCGUCUUCCGAACAGAUAUUUUCCGAAAAUUGUCGUUGGGUGCCCCUGUUACUUCAAAAAAGCAAUUAAAUUACUGAUAGUUUUAUUAUUUUCCUUUAUAGAACCUUUACACCGUCUGUGACCUGGCCCUUGGACUCAUAUUAAACAAGGUAAAUGUCUUUGUUAUAAAUGUCAUACAAUGAAAGCUUAUCCCCUGUAUCUAGCUUAAGAGCUUCCGUGUUAAAACUCAUUUGUGGUUGUUGUCGUUAUCAUCCCUGUAUUAAAUCUGUAUUGAUCAUGAAAACAAACGCAACUUUACGCAGGGAGAGGCUCAUUUUACCAUAUAAAGUUGAUUCAUGAUCACGCAGUAGCUAUUGCGUUGAAAAGGAGGAGAGGCACUGCCUUAAUGUGUUUAGUGACCUGCUCAGCAGAGUCUGAAGUAUAUACCCUCAUUCAACACCUAGAUCAAAAGUGGUGGCUAGUUGCUCAGGUGAUGACGCGCUCACGCACGUCAGGGCCUCCAGAUGUGAUUGGUUUAAAUUCCCGAAAAUUUUAAUUCGCUAGAGUAAUUGCUCUGGCCAGUUUAGCCAAUCAAUUAAUCUACGACAAUCCGUUAUGAGUUCUAUUCAGUUGGUUUCCAGGUAAUAUAGAUAGUAAGGAAAAAUAAGGUUUACACUCGAAUCCGAAGGUCUUGCUAAUAAACCCCUCUUUUUCUGCAAAAUACCAUUGAUUGAUUUUCCUGUUGUUUCUCGUAGGUCCACUCAUUCGUACUGAAAGAUUUUCCUGGUAAUGUAGUUUUACCAAAAAGAUUCUUUGUCCCGUCCGACACGGUAAGAGUUUUUGUGAAAUCUAGACUUGGCCACGUUCGUGUAAUCUUUUUUUUUGGAUGUAGCUAUCACGGCUCUCGUGACUUUGCCUUGCGCUUCUCGCUUUUUACGCGCGCCUCUUAACUUACUUUGAAGAAAUUGAAAUAAGAAACUGUCCACAGUCUUUAAAACAAAAUAAUUAUCAAUUCUAUGUUGCAGAUGGGUACUCCCAACACUAAAAGUUAUCUUCCAAAAGGGUUCGUUUUUGUGGCUUCCAAGGUAAGUUCCAAUACAAUGUGAGACUAAGUGCUGUUUAAUACACGAAUAGUCUAGCCCCUCAGUAGCGUUCUUCAGAAGCGCCGGCUUCUUUUAAAGAGGGAUAAUGUAUCCUUCGUAUUUAGUCCUCAACACUUUUGUUCGAAAAUAAAAUAAAAUAAAGUAAAAAACAUGAUAUAACAUAAGCAAAUGUGGGUAAAUAAAGGUACCGUCCUCGUGGAUAAAAUUUGGAAGUUUACGCAACCACUACGACAUCAUUGAAAAUGUUUAUUGUUCUUUCAAACUUUACUCCAAUUAUUCCGUCUGGUUUAACUUGUCAGGUGUGGGCGAAUUUCCUUGAAAUGAAUCUUAAGAGACCGCAUUCAAGUAAAAAAGAAUAGAGCAAGUUACCAACUUUGCCAUUAAGAGAUUUGUGGUCGUAGUCGCAGAAAGUAGACGUUCAUUGAAGUUCUUUUUUUUCUGUUAUCAUGAACUUGUUUAGGGUCAGAAGAAAGGUGGAGUGGCUGAAUCAAAAUCAGCGUCUGGGAGGACAACAUCAAAAUCAUCGGCCAAACGUAACAAGAAACCACAAGCGAAGUCUCAAAACAGGUAUGGAGGAAUUGGUGUAUACAAUGUGUUGUGUUAAAGCACUAAUUUAUAUGAAGUUAAAUGAAAUUUAACGCAGUUAACAGCAAGGAGCGCCAUCGCGUAUUGUCGGUCAGCGGUCAGGUCAGUGGCUCAAGCGCGGUCAGCCUUGCUUGCAUCAGCUCCAUGUGCUUAGUACAAGUGCUAAGUUAACCCCAAAGCACAAAGCCUCGCGAUUUCUCUCAAGAUGGUCUUAGUUAAGCUGGACAUGAAAAGCUUCUGUUUUAUUCUGCCCUCGUCUAACUGUCGGCAAUGAGCUAAGCUCUGUGGUUGUUGGUUUAUAUCAAGUUCUCGCCGGCUUGCUAUUUUUCCUGAAACAACGGGCACAACUAGGUAAAAGUCCAAAACUUCAAAGGGGGUGGUUUCCCCAGCAAACCCCCGCAUCCCUCUCGCUCUCCCCCCUCAAUACAUUAAUGCUGCUACCUGCGAAUCCCCUUUUCGUGUUGUACGAGUUAUCCUGGGCACUACUAAACGAACUCAGUCAUUGAUUUUAGUCAAUCAAGUCGAAGGUAAUGAAUAGUUGACGCGAUGCUGUAAGUAACAGCUGCGUUCCUCGCGGGUCCAAUGUGAGCUGCCUUCGUGUGUUUGCCAAUUUACUUGUAGAAGUUCCAAGACGCCUAAGAAUUCUUUCAAGGAGAAGGUGAAAGAGCUGCAGGCUGAGGUAGAGGAAGAAGAAUCCACAGAAACCCCGGAGAGUGGCUUUGGUAGCCCUGCGGAAAAAGAGCAGUCUUCUCCGAGGUAGUAAAGCCACCUGCAUUAGAGACCUUUAGAUUCGAGGACGAGAAUUAGCUCAAAGUUUUGUUGGUAUAAUGUUUCAAAAAAAAAACCGGAAAACUUCAUUGUUCUUUUUUUCACAUGAAAAGGUGGCACGAUUAUUUAUGUUGGAGAAGGAUAAGCCCUCUCCCGACUGCAAAAUGAUAAAACUUCUAACAUUUGUCAUUUCAUCAAUACGACGGCUUUCACGUUUUUUCGCUUGUUAGAGCACGUACUACUUACUAAGGUAGUAUUGAGAAUGGAUUAGGGAGCUUAAACAACAACUGCAACGGAAGGGAAACGUCACCCAAAAAGUGAGUUUUCGCUGUUUGAAAUUUCAUCGCACUUAUUCCAACUCUGUUAAUUUGUCAAAUGGUUGCGAUGUUUCCAUUAGUUCAACUCUGAAGGACUGUAUUUAAGUUCACAAAAAGAAAAAACAUCGUUGUCUUAUGUUUAUGUCCUCCAUAGAACGUGAAACUAGGACUUUUCACUUCGAAGUCGUUCAGUGACAGCAAAGAAAUGUACAAAAAUGCGUGAUGCAGGUGCAAAGUUUUUGUUUUGCCAAUCUAGACUUAGCCGUCGCUCGUUCGUAUGGUCGUCCUGGUUUUAGAAUCUAAAGGUCUCUUAUAUUUUGUCUUCAUGACUUGAAAGUCCGGCUGUCCUAGAGAAAAUCGGUGAUGUAACUACAAAAUGGAAGGAGCCGAAUCUAGGUCUGUCCUCGUUAGGGACCUAUUUUCAACAGAGAUAGACUGUGAAAUUAAAGGUGAUGUUACAAGAGACGAUUCGCAACGACGACUUUAAGCGCAACGCAGCGUUGCAACGUUGUAGCUAUAUUGUUUCGAAUUGUUACAACAUUGUUCCAACAUUGCAACCCUGUGUUGCGCUAGAAAUCGUCGUUGCCAAUCGUCCCGUGUAUAAUCACCUUAAAGAAGUUCCUCACAGCCAUAAAGUCACAACUUAUGCAAUGGCGAAAAGAAAGCCUAAAGAAGUUUAAGCAUACCGGGAUUCGAACCCUGACCUCUGUGAUAUGGGUGCAUCGCGCUAACCAAUAGGCCACUUCUGAGUUCCAAAAACCCUCACUUCAAAUUGAGGCUAGGUGCACAACUUUUCUUGUGAAAAUGAGUUUUAUUUGUAUGAGAAUGAAAAAUGAUUUCCAUAUCAAAGGCUGAGCACCUACCCUCGUUUUGAAACAGGGGCCCGGGGAAACUCGGAAAUGGCCUACUGAGCUAGCAAGCCAACUUGGAACUGGUCAUUAACUUGGUUCGUAACGUACCCGGGUUGGAUGAAGAUGAAAUUAUGAAUACAUGCAUGCGGCAUGAAUUUCAUAUCUUUGAACCACGGAAUGAGGAAAUAAACUAAAGAAGAUCGUUGUAGUUUAAGUGGCAACUAAGAUUAGACUAUGUACAACGUAGCUUUCAUCAACGUGUCUGUCAUCAACCUCAAAACUCAGUGGAACCUCUAGUUUGGAACAGUUCCUGUUAGGGAACACAAACCUUUCUCCCGAAAAUACCUUCAUCAUUUUUAUCUUUCUUUGGAACUGUCCCUACUGCUUCCGUCGGCUCGCCCUCAGUUUGUAAUCGUUCUUCAUCUAUGUGCCAAUGCCCCAAAACAGUUCGUAACCGUGUAGUUUCAGUUCGUAUGAUUUGUAUCCACGUUUUGUCUCAAAUGCAGUAUAACUUGCCCGACGUUAAUUAUUUUCCUUUGUGAUACUCUUACAGGAAAAGAGGAAGACCUUCCGACUCAUCUGAAAGAACUCCAAACAAAGGCAAAAAAGCGUCCUCGGAAAAGUCAUCAAAGAACUUAUCAUCACCGCCUUCUACGAAAACACCACUCAAAGAAAGUAAAAGAUCACAAAACAAAAAGGAUUCGUCCCGUUUAAAAAGUCCACAAAGACGCUCACCUUUCGUCAAAGCAGACAAACUGUCUUCCCCUAGCAAAUCGUCCGCUAGGUAAGUGUCUUACAGCUUUAAUUGAACUCCUUUCUCCACUCAAGAACAAUGUGGCAGGCCUCCUUCUCUUCAAGAUAGACAUUAUACUCAGAGUAUUUGAGUUGGUCUUGGAAAAGUUUUAGCGAACAUGUUCAGUGGACCAGAUAAUAAGAACGGCGCAAAUACAAGUGAGUGGGAAAAACAGCGAGUACGAGGCGUCAGGGGAUAGCAGAGUGAUGAUAAAUGAAUGAUCUUUUUUUAAAAAAAAGUCCCGUUUCGCUCUCCCUUCCGAGCCAUUCGCAUAUCUGAGCGCUUAGAAAAGGGCAGAUAAGUUGGUUUCAAAAAUCUUUAUAACACUCAACGUAGGAUUCAAAAAAAAGCUUUUCAUUUGCGAAGUCUCAUCUGACGACGGGUGAGUUCUGAAAGACUUCAAAAAAGAGGCGUUAUUUCUCUCAGAGAUUUGACGAGUUAUUCUUUAGUAAUCACUUUCUUGGCCGGUUAAAAACCUGAAAGGAAACUGUAAUCACCGUUUAUUGUUGGCCGUAUAGAAAAAAUUGAACAAAAUGUUCCUNUGAGUUCUGAAAGACUUCAAAAAAGAGGCGUUAUUUCUCUCAGAGAUUUGACGAGUUAUUCUUUAGUAAUCACUUUCUUGGCCGGUUAAAAACCUGAAAGGAAACUGUAAUCACCGUUUAUUGUUGGCCGUAUAGAAAAAAUUGAACAAAAUGUUCCUUAUAUUGUUGAUAAUUAAUAUUCUUUCCAAACGUUAGGAGUCCCCGAAAAGGGCGAGCCACGAAACGACUGGAGUCAGAAUUAGAUGCUUUACCAGAAGAUGAACCCACACCAGACAGUGGCACAUCCAGUCUGGACUCACCCAAGAAACCUCUGAGUUCAAGGUAAAACACGGAACUCUGAUUUUUUGUUUUUAACAUCACUACAUCAUACUCAUAUUGGACUUUACUUCAAUCAAUGCGCAGACAAAUACCGCUGCAGGGAAGUCCUAAAACUAAAGGAGGAAAGCAAGUGAAUGGAUUGGUAAGCUUGUUUUUGCUGAGGUAGGCUUGCCGUUUAACGUGUUAUUCAAGCAGUCCUUUCGCGCUAAUGAAGUUGUUUUUUUCCGUUUACAGGAGGCUAAAAGUCCAAGUAAAGCAAAAAGAAAGGUAUGUUUAUUUAUUUUUAUACGUUUUCUGCAAAGUACCAGGUUUCAAGAAAACCACUCUUUUGGGUUUCUUUGCACACGUACGUGUUCGUUUGGAAAUAUGAUUUUUGGCAGAAUUAUUUGUAGUCACACGUAUUAUAACUUGAGUGUUGGCUUGUUUGUGAUUUCCUCCCAAAGAACCUUGUAAUCACCGGUGACAGUAAAAGAAAAACAUGAGUUAAUCGCCAGCAUAUUGCUUGUCAAAGUAAUUAACCAUUAACCAUUGUCUUAGUGGUUUGAUUCAUAUGCUGUAAUGCAGGCGUAUUUUUUCGGUGUUUUGGGUUGGGGGAAGGUAGAAGGAAAAACAUUCCGCUCUUUCUCAAACUGAUCGUUUUCUGUUAAUGUAUUACAGCAAGAGGAUGCAGAGUUGACGCCAAGUCCAGCGAAAAAGACCAAAGUAUCGGGGUCAUCGCCUGUGAAGCGAAAAGAGGCGGCCAUAGUUGUACGUAUUUUUCCUGUCAUUUAAUGAAAAUUUUUUUCCCUGACGUUGAAAAACAGAUACACACUAAUACAGAUAUGCUUUUCCAUUUAUCUUAGGUGAAAAGAAAGAAACGAAGCAAGCCUAGAUGA